UUUAUCGAUAGGUUCUCAGCCCCGUUACCUUAGUUGACCUACUAAAGCUUUUUUUCGCCUGGUUGCAAGAGGGACAAAUAGCAUAGGUUCCAGGUAGAUAAGUUCACCAAAACUGCGCUACAAGUAGAGGUAUAGUGUGCAUACAAGAAGAAGAAACAUGGCGAAAGACACCAGGAAAGUCGUCAUAGCAAUGGACGGAAGCUACCACUCGGGAUAUGCUUUUCAGUGGUACGUGGACAACAUACGGCGACCUAAUGAUUAUGUGUAUCUGGUUCACAGUAUAGAGAGAUUACGUAACGAACCUUUCCAGACCGCUAUGGGGACGGCUGACGUGCAAGCGAUCUGUAAAGUUCUAGAGGAGGAAGAAAGUGCGGAGGCGAAUCUACUGGACAAACUGAAGAAACUUAUAACAGAAAACCAAUUAAAUGGUGAAGUGAAGACCGGAAGUGGAGGAAAACCCGGAGAGGUUAUAAUGAAGAUAGCGAAUGAGGUGAACGCAGACACGAUCGUUUGCGGAAGUAGGGGUCACGGAAAGCUCCGAAGGACGAUGCUGGGCGUGGUUAGUGACUACAUCGUACACCAUUCGGAAGUCCCCGUGACUGUAUGUCGUCACAAACCACACAAUCCCGAGAUCAGACGACAGAGUAGUUUGGAAAAAUGAUUCAGUCUGGUCCUUGAUUGUUUCUUCAUUCAGGCAGGGAGGACGUGUUCAAGCGCGUGGGCUUUAAUAAUGCCAGGGAUUUACAAGUGCCAUAAUCUUUUUUUUAAAGAACCAUUGAUUUUUUUUUAAAGUAUUCGUAUUGCAUGUGUGUUCAAUGAAGAGUUCGUUUAUAAUAAAUUAAGUGCGUCUCGUAUUCCAAAUAAAUGUUCAUGGUAAUACAGUGUAGCUAUAGACUUGUUAAUUCUCAGAACUGUUAUGAAAGAUAAAUAAAUGUACAUGUAUCUCAUUUGUGUAAUAGUAAAAAAAAAUUGUUAUUAAAAGCAUUGGUAAGCCAGCAA